UUUGAAAGCGAGGGAUAAAAAGGGGAUCGAGUGAAGGCUUUGAAAAGAGCGUCAUUGGCGGCGCUUAAUAAUACACACCACCAUACACACAACUUAACUUCCCACAAAAAUUAAACAAACCCUAAUGGCCUUCCCACAAAAAUUAAACAACCAACAGUUUUGAUAACCUCAUGAACAAUUGAUCAUCUCUCUCUCUCUAAUGGCAUUCGUUCGAAGACAACUUUCUCUUCGCGCUUCACUCCUGUUGGAUAAAUUUUCGACAUCUGGAGUUCAAAAAGGGUUUGGGGGUGGAGGUUAUAGCCAGAAGGCGAGUUUGUCAUCUGAACAAAGUGUUGGUAAAUUGAUUGAAGAAGAGAAUGUAGGUUGCUUGGGUUCGAAUGAGGUGGCUAAAAUUAGGGAAAAGUUUGAUUUAGCUAAGAAGAGGUUUCUUGAGAUUCCUGUUGCUUUGGAUAGGAUGCCUAAAAUGAACCCCAAAGGUAUAUAUGUUAAUAAGAACCUUAGAUUGGAUAGCAUACAAGUUUAUGGUUUUGACUAUGACUAUACUCUGGCACAUUACUCUCCUAGCUUACAGAACUUGAUAUAUGAUCAGGCGAAACAACACUUAGUAAACGAGCUUAAAUAUCCAGAUGGUUGCUUGGAAACUAAAUACGAUCCGAGUUUUCCGAUUAGAGGUUUGUAUUAUGACAAGCUAAAAGGGUGCCUUUUGAAGCUAGAUUUCUUUGGAUCGAUUGAGCCGGAUGGAUGCUACUUUGGUCGGCGCAAGCUUAGUCGAAAGGAAAUUGAAGAGCUGUAUGGAACACGACAUAUCGGCCGUGAUCAAGCACGAGAACUUGUCGGUUUGAUGGAUUUCUUUUGCUUUAGCGAGGUAUGCCUUAUUGCAGAUAUCGUGCAAUAUUUUGUUGAUGCCAAGCUGGAAUUUGAUGCUUCUUACAUAUAUCAAGAUGUUCGUCGUGCAAUUCAGCAUUGUCACCGAAGUGGCUUGGUUCACAGGGGAAUUCUUUCUGACCCCGACAAAUACCUAGUUAAAAAUGGACAGUUUCUAUCUUUUCUCAAAAUGCUUAGGGAGAACGGGAAGAAACUUUUCUUGAUGACUAAUUCUCCCUAUUAUUUUGUCGACGGAGGGAUGCGCUACAUGUUGGAGGAUUCUUUGGGUGGAGAUUCCUGGAGGGAACUUUUUGAAGUCGUGAUUGCAAAAGCAAAUAAGCCUGAUUUUUACACAUCUGAACAUCCGUUUCGCUGCUACGAUAUAGAGAAAGACAACCUAGCCUUUUAUAAAGUCGAUAAAUUUCUUCCAAAUAAAGUUUACUACCAUGGAUGCCUUAAAAGCUUCUUACAAAUUACCAAGUGGAAUGGUCCAGAGGUAAUAUACUUUGGGGAUCACCUGUUCAGUGAUUUGCGAGGGCCUUCGAAAGCUGGUUGGCGUACUGCUGCAAUCAUCCAUGAAUUAGAACAUGAGAUAAAGAUACAAAACGAAGAUAGUUACCGUUUUGCACAGGCAAAGUUCCAUAUCAUACAAGAACUUUUGGGUAAACUGCAUUCAACUGUAUCCAGUAAACAUGCAUGUGAUUCUUACAAGUCUCUGUUGAGUGAAUUAAAUGACGAGAGACAAAACGCACGGCGCACCAUGAGAAAUAUGUUUAAUGAAUCUUUCGGGGCAACAUUCCUCACCGACACUGGCCAAGAAUCAGCUUUUGCGUAUCACAUCCAUCAGUAUGCCGACGUGUAUACGAGCAAGCCUGAAAACUUUAUGUUUUAUCAACCCGAAGCUUGGCUUCAUGUACCCUAUGAUGUUAAAAUCAUGCCACAUCAUUUAAAGGUUUCAUCAAGUUUGUUUGAGACUUGAAUUCUGUGAUAAAAAUUGGAGAAGAAUAGCGGGAUACAGAGAACGACAGGGUUGAAGGUGUAAGUUUUGCUCUCUGUACAGAUUCAUUGAUUUUCAAGAGAAAAAACCAAUUUAGAAAACAAGCACUCUCAAUAUUAAUUAGUCAUCUCAUAAGCAGAUGUUAAUGUCAUAACAUCGAUCAAAUUUUGAAUACAAAAUGUAUUCUUUUGUUGUUUUGAUUUC